AUGUCUACAAUUAUACCGUCCUUCAUAACAGUCAUAGAUACCAGAGAUGUUCCCAUUAUUGUAUUUGUGCCACGACAGGAAUCUGAUGAUGUCAACAAAGUGCUAAAAUAUAAUACCUUUUCCAAUAUUUCUCUCGAUUAUUUUGAAAGUCGAUUGAUUAAUUGGUCUAUCACUGAUGAUGUAACACCAAUCAAGUUACUAUUCCAAUUAGAAGGUGUUUCCGUGUUCGGUAUGUUCAUUAAGCAGACAAAUCUGAAAAUUGUUAUUGGAUUCACUGGUAAUUUGCCAGAUCCUACGGACAAUGCUCUCGUUGGUAUAUUUAAAUCCGUAAGAAAGACUUAUAUCGACAUUAAAUGUAAUCCAUUUUUGAAUUAUUCCUUAGAUGAUGGUGCUAACCAAGAAUUGAAAGAAAAAAUAGAUGCAAAGUUCCAUGAAUUAUUUUCAUCGAAGAUUUAA